UCAUAGCUGAACGUUUGAAGUGAUCAUUGACAGGCAGGCGCUGGGGCAAGAAGACUCGCACAGCCAAGGAGAGCAGCAGGCCAGCUCUGAAGUGGAAGUAUGUGCUUCAUGCAGGUUGAGAGGUGAAGACACACGAAUCCUCCAAAAGCUUAAAGAGAGAGGAAAACGUCUUUUUCCUGCUUUCGGGCAUGAAUCAGGUCACAGUUCAAUUGGACAUAGUAAUAGCUCUCCACCUGCUCUUCAGCUGGUGCCAUGGAGGAAUUACAAAUAUACGCUGCUCUGGCCACCUCUGGGUAGAGCCAGCCACGGUUGUUAAGAUGGGUGUAAAUAUCUCUAUAUAUUGCCAAGCAGCCAUUAAGAACUGCCAACCAAGGAGACUUAAUUUUUAUAAAAAUGGCAUAAAAGAAAGAUUUCAAAUCACAAGGAUUAAUAACACAAGAGCUCGGCUUUGGUACAAAAACUUUCUGGACCCACAUGCAUCUAUAUACUGCACUGCUGAAUGUCCUGGACGUGUUCAAGAGACACUGAUAUGUGGAGAAGAUGUUUUUUCUGGGUAUCCACCAGAUGCUCCCAAGGAGGUCACCUGUGUCAUUUAUGAAUAUUCAGGCAACAUGACUUGUACAUGGAAUACUGGGAAGCUCACCUACAUAGACACCAAAUACGUGGUGUACUUGAAGAGUUUAGAGACAGAAGAAGAGCAACAGUAUCUUGCCACAAACUGUAUUAACAUCUCCAUGGACUCACUGCAAGCAGGCAGGCAGUAUUUGGUUUGGGUUCAAGCUGCAAAUGCAUUAGGCGUGGAGGAGUCAGAACCACUCCAGAUCCAUCUGGAUGAUAUAGUGAUUCCUUCUGCAUCCAUCAUCGCAAGAGCUGAAACUAUAAAUGCUACAGUAGCCAAGACCAUAAUUCACUGGAAUAGUGAAACAACAAUUGAAAAGGUUUCCUGUGAAAUGAGACAUAAGGCUACAAUAAACCAAACUUGGAAUAUUAAAGAAUUUGAUACCAACUUUACAUAUGAACAAAAAUCAGAAUUCUACUUGGAGCCAAACAUUAAGUUUGUAUUUCAAGUGAGAUGUCAAGCAACAGGUAAAAAGCACUGGCAACCCUGGAGCUCACCCUUUUUUUAUAAGACACCUGAAACAGUCCCCCAGGUCACACCAAAAUCUUUCCAACAUGAUACUCGGAAUUCUGACCUUCUCAUUUCUUCCACCUUAAAAGGACACUUUACUUCUGACAACAGGCAAGACAUUGGACUUUUAUCGGGCAUGGUCUUCUUUGCUGUUAUGUUGUCAAUUCUCUCUUUGAUUGGGAUAUUUAACAGAUCGCUCCGAACUGGAAUUAAAAGGAAAAUCUUAUUGCUGAUACCAAAGUGGCUUUAUGAAGAUAUACCGAACGUGGAAAACAGUAAUAUUGUGAAAAUGCUUCAGGAAAAAAGUGAACGUGUGACUAGCAAUUUCAGUGAACAAGUCCUUUAUGUGGAUCCCAUGAUUACAGAAAUAAGGGAACUCCUUUUCCUGGGAGAGCACAAGCGCAGGGAUUGCGAGAAGGAAAAUAUAGAGUCCCUGGAGACAAGAGACGGCCUGCCAAAGUCACUGUUCACCAGCAAUCCCAUUGUGUACCUUCCUGACCUCCACACCGGAUAUAAACCCCAGAUUUCAAAUUUUCUCCCUGGGGAACAACAUCUUAGCAAUAGCAAUGAACAGGACUCCUCAACCCCUACACAAGUCGAUUCCUUGGACCUGGAAAGGAAUAUGAGGUUAAAAAAAUAUCCUAACUUUGGUUUUUCUGUGUCAAGUAUGAAUUCACUGAGCAACACGCUGGUUCUGGAAGAAUUAAGCCUCAUUUUAAAUCAGGGAGAAUGCAGCAGUCCUCCUGACCUACAAAACUCAGCUGAGGGGCAAACCAGUAUGUUUUUGGAAAACAAGUCACCCAGUGAUCCCGUUCUGGAACAGACCCUGCUGCCUGAUGAAUUCGUUUCCUGUUUGGGGAUCAUGGAUGAGGAGGAGUUGCCAUCUAUCAACUCUUAUUUUCCGCAAAAUAUUUUGGAAAAUCACAUCAAUAGGAUUUCAUUCUUGGAAAAGCAGACAAGAGGAGCUCUGAGAACACCUCUGGCUGCAUCUGCUGUCCCCCAAGAGUCCCCAGUUCAAAGCCCUCAGUACGCCACAGCAUCAUAUUUUGAGCAUCAUAUUUCCUAAACUCCUUCAUCCUCAUCUCAGAAAAUAAUAUUUCCACUUUUCCAGUUGCUCAAAAAUCUUGGAUUCUUCCUUGACCUUUUCUCUCACUUCUCACAUCUUCUCUGUCAGGAAAACCUCCCCAUCAUACCUUCAAAAUAUACUCAGAAAUUGGAUUACAUCUUACCAUCUCAACACAACCACCCUCAUUCAAACACAUCAGCUCCUGCCUGAGGGACUGUAAAAGCCUCCAGAGGUCAAUCUUCAACAGAGUCACCGAAUGAUCCCAUUGAAAACCUGCCAGUGAUGUCCAUCUCACACACAAUAGGAGUUCCAUCACUACAGCAACCUAUGAGACCUCCCGGCUUUAUCUCUUUCCAUCCCAGGUUCCUCCCAUCAGCUCCAACUACACUGGCCACAGGGGACGUGCCAUUUCCCUCCUGAAAUGUACUUCUCCAGGGAUUUGCAUAGCUCACCAGAAUGCAGCCUUCGGUAACUGCUGCUGCCCCCCCCCGCCCCCCCCCCCACCAUCCAGGCCUUCCCAGGCCUCUCUAAAAUAGCAAGCCUCCUCCACUCUCAUUAUUCCAGUUCCCCUCAGCUUCUCCUUUCUUUGCAGCAACACCACCUUCUCAAACACAAUAUGCUGCAUACCCACUAACAUUGUUCAUUGUCACCCCCUACAAUAUAAGAUCCAGGAGGCAGGAGUUUUGUCUGCUUUGUUCUGUAAAAAAAAAAAAAAAAAAAAAAAAAAAUUCACCAAGUUUAACUAUAGAUCUAAUUGGAUUUUGAAUUAUUAUUCAUGAAUAGGGACUGCCUCCGUUCUGUGAAACGGAAUGAGAGUUCCACCAGGUGGGUAAAACAGUGGGUUCAAUGGGUUUUGUAAGGCAGGAACAAGGAAACAGAAUGGGGGGUGGGGAAACUGAUUGGUUAACACUAGGUUAUUUUACAUCAUUUUUUGUAAGGGUUAAAGCACACUCAGAUAUCAUAUUUUAAGUCUUCUUUAAAAUUUGGGUUUCAUGAUGUGGCAUUUAACCUGAGUGACUCCAUCUUGGUUUGGUCUGAUCUGCUGGGGCCAGUGUAGGAGCUCAGUCCAAAACAAAGUCCUCCCAUAAUUUAUGUUUAACAGUUCCCUGAAAAUCUUUAAUGCCUUUCAUAUAAGUAGGUUAUUGACAAAUGUUGAAAGAAUGAAUGAAUGAUAAACAAUGGCCCCAACUGUUAAUUCUAUCUGCUACCUGUGAGAAGGAAACAAUAUUACAUGAAGGCAUCAAAGAGCUUUCAGACCUCAGUCUGUGUUAUGGUUUGCAGGUGAGGGUGUGCUCCCAAAGGUCCCGUGUAAGACAAUGCAAGAAGAUUUGAAGGAGAGAUGAUUGGGCUAUAGCCUUAACCUAAUCAGUGAAUUGAUCCCUGAUGGGAUUAACUGAGUGGUAACUGCAGGUGGGCUGUGGCUGGAGAAAGUGGUUCCUUGGGGGCGUGGCAUGGGGUAUAUACUUGAAUCUAGUAAGUAGAGUCUUUCUCUCUGCUUCCUGGUCAUCAUGUGAGUUGCUUCCUUCUGCCACACUCUUCCGCCUUGAUAUUCUGCCUCACCUCAAGCCCUGAGGAAUGGAGUCUGCUGUCUGUGGAUUGAGACCUCUGAAACCAUGAGCCCCCAAAUAAACUUUUCCUUCU